AUGUACUGCACCAGCGAGAACCCCAGCUUGACUGAGAACAAGGAGGCAAAUGAGCAAUCUUUGAUUCCAGUGACAUGGGUCUCUGAUGAGGAUUCAGAGAAUCCUUAUAACUGGUCGGCAACAAGAAAGGUGGCAGUGACAACACUUAUUUGCAUCUACACGUUCACGGUGUACUGCGGGUCAUCAAUAUACGUCCCAAGCGAAGAACAGGUAAUGGAAGAAUUUGGCGUUUCUGAGGUCGUCGCCUCCCUGGGCCUGGCUCUCUACGUCCUCGGCUAUGGCAUGGGACCCCUCCUCUUCUCCCCACUGAGUGAGAUCCCGCAUAUCGGCCGGAACCCGGUCUACAUCAGCACAUUUGCCAUCUUCAUCAUCCUGUCGGCCAUAGCCGGGGGCUUCUUCGGCAGCCCCUGUUUGGCGACUGGGGCAGCGUCCCUAAGUGACAUGUUUUCUGUCAUAUACAUGCCGUACACACUGGUAGGUUGGUCCGGUGCCAUGUACUGCGGCCCUGCGCUUGGGCCGUUGCUGUCCGGAUUCUCGGUAUCUGUCAAAGGGGAGGUUGCUAGUUGGCGCUGGUCAAUGUGGGAGAUAGUCUGGCUCGCAGGCUUUGUCUUCGUUCUGCUUGUAUUGUUUCUCCCCGAGACAUCGACGCCGACACUGCUAUUCUACAAGGCCAAACGUCUCCGACAAGAGACUGGUUCCGACCGAUUUGUCACCAUGGAUUCUAUGCGGUCUAAGGGGACCUCGCGCAGCCAACUGGUAAAGCUUGCUCUUAUCAAGCCGUUCGAGAUCACCCUCAAAGACCCUGCCAUUGCGUUUACGGAUCUUUAUACCUCUCUCACAUACGGAAUCUACUACUCUUUCUUCGAAGUCAUCCCCAUGGUAUAUCCUAAAGAAUACGGUUUCAACCUUGGCGAGACAAGCGCUGUGUUCGUCUCCGUCCUCAUCGCAUGCAUCAUCGGCGCAGUUUGGUAUUGCAUCUGGUACCGUGUCUUCGUCCAGCGCCGCUUCCAGCGUCUCGGCACUUUUGACGUCCAGGAGACCUUUCUGCGCCCCGGCCUUGUUGGUGUGCUGGGCGUUCCACUCGGCAUGUUUCUCUUCGGAUGGGCGGCGCGUGCGUCGGUUCCCUGGCCUGUGCCGACACUCGGUGUCGUCUUGUUUUGCGGGUGUUCAUUUGUUGUUGGACUGGGCAUCUUUAUACAUCUCCCCUUGAGCUAUCCGGAGUACGCGGCGAGCCUGUUUGCGGCCAAUGAUGCAUUGAGAAGCGCGUUUGCAGCGGGUGCGGUGCUUUUUGGGCGGCCUCUAUAUUUGAACUUGGGGGUGGGAAAGGGUUGUACAUUGCUUGGGGGAUUAAGCAUACCCCUGGUGAUAGGCUUUUGGUAUUUAUUCAUGUAUGGGGACAAGUUGAGGAAGAAGAGCAAGUUCACUGUUCAUGCGUAG